UCGUCUUUUUUUCUUGGUAUUAUAUAAUAGCGUCGCAUAACUGCACACAAACCAUUUCGCGCUUUUGCUUGGUUUUCUCAGGCAAAGGCAAGAAGAGUCAUUUCGCUGUUCAGUUGCAGCAGUAAACCGUACAAUCCUGUUUGGAUCAUAGAAUGGGGAGCUGGAAGAAAGUACAGUCUUCUUUUACUGAUGGAAGCACAAUGCCUUCUCCCACCAAAGCUCCCAGCUCUUUAACUGCAAGAAAUUUGAGCAAGAGUCAACUUGGUGGCGUCAUAUUUGGUUGCAAGAAUAGCACAAUAAAGGAAUGUCUUCUUAAACAACUCUUUGGUUUGCCACCUCAUCACUUUUCAUAUGUAAAGAAUAUUGAUCCUGGGUUGCCACUUUUUCUGUUCAACUACAGUGAUAGGAAACUCCAUGGGAUCUUUGAGGCUGCAUGCCCUGGUCAAAUGAAUAUCAACCCAUAUGGGUGGACCACUGAUGGUUCAGAGAGGACAAUGUAUCCCGCACAGGUUCAGAUUCGUGUUCGAUUACAAUGCCAGCCACUGGCUGAAAGUCAGUUUAAACAGAUUAUUGGAGACAACUACUACAGCCAACAACAUUUCUGGUUUGAGCUUGACCAUGCUCAAGCAAAUAAGCUGAUGAGUUUGUUGGCUACUUUAGCAGUUGCUCCAGGUACACCAAUACUGCAGAAUACAAUGAAGUGGAGUAUUAAUUUUCCAGCCAGUUAUUCUCGUGACACUAGAAAGGAAAGUACAGAGUUUUCACCACUUGCUCUAGUGGACAAGCAAGCGGUUGUUCCAGGUACAUUAGCACUACAGAAUACAGUGAAGUGGAGUAGUAAUGUCCCAGCAAGCUCUUCUCGUGACACUAGAGAUGAAGAAUUUCCACCACUUCCUCUAGCGACUCAGCACUCAGAUCAAUCAAGUCAGAGAUCAGGUUCUACUGAUGUUUUGUCAUCCUUUGAUGGAGAAAACCAAUCAUUGGAAGCUCAAUUUAAUGUAAGAGUUGUUCAUGGAGAGGAGGAAGAUCUCCUAUGCACAGAACUGAAGCAAUUGGCUUUUAAACAGGAAGUUAAUAAUGGACAUCAAGACUUGUCUCUGACAUCUGAUACACAGGAUACUGAUGUAACAAAUGGCACACACUUGGAGAUGGGUGAUGCAGAAUAUGCUUCUGAUAAUAAUAAUAAUAAUAAUAAUAAUAAUAAUAAUUCCUUGAAGGACAAGGGAUAUCCUGGGGAACCAUUGGGUGCAGAAGAUAAUAAUGAGCAGAAUUCUGGUUCAUCACCAAAGUAUCAAUCCAUUAUAACUCAGUUAAUUCAUGAGGUGGAAGAGCUAAAGGCUUUUAAAACAGAACAAAUUCAGAGAAUGGGUCUUCUCCAACAGAAGCUGGUGCGAGCAGAAACAGAAAUUCAACUUUUAAAAAAACAGCUCAGUUCAGACUCUGAAUCUAAUCUCUCCAGGGUGCUUGAUGACGACAAGGUUAUUGAAUCAUUUGAUGACCUGAAUUUGGAUCCUAAUGAGUCAAUAUUUUUAUUGGGGGGUUAUGAUGGUGAAUCAUGGUUGUCAACCUUUGAUUCAUACUAUCCUUCUCAGAAUUAUCUGAAGCCUCUCAGACCAAUGAAUUAUGCUCGUUCAUACGCUUCAGUUGCACAGCUAAAUGGUGAGCUUUAUGCAAUUGGUGGUGGAAAUGGUCAAAUUUGGUAUGACACAGUUGAAUCUUACAGCCCAGAUAAAGACCAGUGGACAUUAUGCCCUUCUUUGAACAACAGAAAAGGAAGCUUAGCUGGAGCUAGAGUGAAGGACAAAAUAUUUGCAAUGGGUGGUGGGAAUGGUGUUGAGAGCUUUUCAAGUGUCGAAAUGCUUGAUUUAGAUAUUGGAAGAUGGAUGCUUGCACGGUCAAUGCUGCAAAAGAGAUUUGCUCUUGCUGCAGCUGAACUCAAUGGUGUCAUUUAUGCUGUUGGUGGAUACGAUGGGAAAGAUUACUUAAAGUCUGCUGAAAGGUUUGACCCUAGAGAGCACUCCUGGAGAAGUAUUUGUAGUAUGGAUACUAAGAGGGGCUGUCACUCUUUGGUGGUUUUAAAAGACAAAUUGUAUGCUCUAGGAGGUUAUGAUGGAAGUUCUAUGGUUUCAAGUGUGGAAAUUUUUGAUCCAAGACUUGGAUCAUGGAUGACUGGGGAACCAAUGAACUACCCUAGGGGAUAUUCAGCUGCUGCUGUUGUUAAUGAGACUAUCUGUGUCAUGGGUGGGGUGAAGGAUGGUUACAAUAUAGUAACUGAAAUUGAGAGUUUUAAAGAAGAACAAAAGGGUUGGCAUGAAUCCGGAAAUGCCAUUGGUAAGAGGUGCUUCCAUUCAGCCAUUGCUUUAUCGCCUUUUGACGUCACCGGAUUUACGUGAAGUUUGUUAUUCCACACCGUUGAAUGUGUGCGGAAGGUGCUUCCAUUCAGCCAUUGAAUAGAAAUUUUGUGCAGUCAUUUUGUUUAACAUCGUCAGAUUGAAAGAAAAGAUAAAGGAAAGAAAUUAGAAAGUUUUUUUUAAAAAAAGGCUAUUAUGGACCUGUUAUUUUUUUCGGUUUGUAAAGGGACCAUUUCAUAGUCAAUCUUGAAUAGAUUGGAAGAAAAGGUAAAGGAAAGAAGUUAGUUGUUUUUGAAAGGCAAUGGCUAUUAUGGACCUGUUAAUUUUUUUUCAUUGGUUUGUAAAGGGACCGUUUCAUAGUCAAUCUUGAAUACAAAGCAUUAGUUUCUGAUAAAA